CCCGUGCAGCAGAGAGAGCCUGGAGAGAGAGAGAGGUAUAAAAACGAGGCGGAGAGAUAUAAAAAUACACAGAAUAAAAAAAGAGACUUAUUUAAACAUAUAUAUAGCAGCUCAUCAGAAUACUCCCAAGCACACCGGUUUACAAAGAUUGCUACCAUUGCAGCUGACUGGACGCUUUCCAAUAGGAAAACCCUCUUAUAAUUUCAGUCUUCGUUGUACCUUUUGAAGAAAUGGGGAGGAGAACUGUUCCUGGGUGGCCCACCUUGGCAUCCCAGCUCCUGGCGGCCUGUCUGGUCCUGGGCACCCCCUUCUCCUACUGCCCCCCGCAGUGCGUCUGCGACACCCGUCCCUGGUACACCCCGCAGUCAGUGUACCACCAAGCCAAGACGGUGGACUGCAACGAGCUCCAGCUGAACAGCAUCCCUUGGAACAUCUCUCCGGACACUCAGGUCCUCCUCCUGCAGAGCAACAACAUCUCCCGCGUGACCUUGGAGCUCCAGAACCUGGCCAACCUGACCGAACUGGACUUGUCCCAGAACCACUUCGUUGGGAUCCGGGAUGUUGGCUUGGCUAACUUGUCCCAGCUUAUCACCUUGUAUCUGGAGGAGAACCAAGUGCAGGACCUCCCUGAUGACUCCUUGAGGGACCUGGCCAGCUUGGAGGAGCUCUACAUCAACCACAACCGCAUCUCCAGCAUCGGCCCCAAGGCUUUCUCUGGCUUGGGCAACCUGCUGAGGCUCCAUCUGAAUUCCAACCGGCUCAGGACCAUCGACAGCCGCUGGUUUGAGACUCUGCCCAACCUGGAGAUCCUUAUGAUCGGGGAAAACCCCAUCCUAGGCUUGAAGGACAUGAACUUCCAGCCUCUGUCCAAGCUCCACAGCCUGGUCCUGGCUGGGAUGGAGCUUAAGGAAGUCCCCGCAGAUGCCUUCAAAGGUUUGGAGAAGCUGGAAAGCCUGUCGUUCUUCGAUAACAAGCUGGCGGCCGUGCCCAGGGCGGGCUUGAAGACCCUCCCAUCUCUGAAGUUCCUGGACCUGAACAAGAACCCCAUCGUGAAGGUCCAGGAGGGGGACUUUCAGGACUUCCCGCACUUGGAAGAGCUCAGCCUGAACAACAUGGACGAGCUGAUCGCCAUCGAGGAGGGAGCGUUCGACAACCUGCCCGAAAUGGGCAAGCUGGAGGUGAAGAACAACCCCCGUCUCUCCUUCGUCGCCCGUGGGGCUUUCCGGAGAAUGUCCGGCCUCCGCACCCUGAUGAUCAGCAACAACGACCUGGGCCUGCUGCACCGCGAGGUCCUCGCCUCCUUCCCCAGCCUCGACGAGGUCAGCCUCCACAGCAACCCUAUCCGCUGCGAGUGCCUCUCCAACUGGGCUGCCGCGUUCGGCAGCCCAGCCAAAGUCCAUUUGCUGGAGAGCCAGAUCACCCUCUGCGCCUCCCCGCCCCAGUUGAGCGGCCACCAGCUCCAGGAGGUCAUCUACAGCUGGGGCUCGACCACCAACUCCUGCCUGCCCCUGAUAUCCCUUCACGGGUUUCCAGACCAUCUCAACCCAACCAGGGGGGCUUCCUUGUCCCUGGAUUGCUGGGCGACGGCCGACCCCGCUCCCCAGUUUUAUUGGAUCACCCCCACUGGGGUUAAGAUCACGGUGGAUACCGCUUCAGGGAAGCACCGGCUACGCGGACAAGGGACUCUGGAGAUCCGGCAGGCAGGCGCCAACGAUUCUGGGCUGUACACGUGUGUGGCAUGGAAUUCGGAAGGCGGGGACACCAGGAACAUCACCUUGCACGUGGACGGGGGUGGCAGACUCUCCCCUUCUGCUUCCGAGGCGUCCAAUUCCACGGACGCCCUGGUGAUCCUGGCCAAACGGGUCCACGCCCGUUCAGCGGUGGUGGAGUGGAAGCUGUACCCAGGAGGCCCCAGCCCUGCCCACGAAACCGGCCAGCCCGAAUGGGCUUCGGCGACCAUGAAGAUCCACAACGCUCACAUCAGCUACACGGCCAAAGUCCCGGUUGACAUCCAAGAGUACAACCUGACCCAUCUCCAGCCGUCGACGGAAUACGAGGUCUGCUUGACCGUGUCGGCCUCCCCUGGGGGUCACCAGAGCCAGAGCUCCUGCCUCAACUUGACCACCAAGGAGGCCACCUUCGCCGUGGAGAUGGUGGCCCAGCCUGGCAGCGUGGCUGUAGCGGCCGUGAUGGGAUCUCUGUUCGCCAUCUUCAUCAUGGCCCUGCUGGUGUUUUACACGGGCUGGCGCAUGAAGCAAAAGGCUUGCCACCACUCCCUGAAAAAGUACAUGCAGCACCCCACCUUCAUCCCCCUGAACGAACUCUACCCUCCCCUGAUCAAUCUCUGGGAGAACGAAACCGAGAAGGAGAAAGAGUGCGUCCUGGAUCCACAGACCGUGCAAAUAGACACUUCGAAGACUUAUAUGUGGUAGUUACCUACUGCCAGGGGACUG